GCCCUGGAGAUGAGUCCGUGUUCCACCCUGACCAGCAGCACCGCCUCGCCUCCUGCCUGCAGUCCGUGCUCCACUCUUCCUUCUGCUGCUCCAGGACAGGCCGUCACCAGCCCCACAUCCACCCUGGAGAGCAGAGACAGCGGCAUUAUCGCCACCCUGACCAGUUACUCGGAGCCAAUGGACAGGAGCGGGAAACACGGCGAUGGCUCCCGAGGCAGCAGCCUGAAGCUCUGGCACUCUCACAGAUCCACUCUGGACUCCAGCCUCUACCGCGUGGAUGAAAACAUGGCCGCCUCCACCUACAGCCUCAACAAGAUCCCUGAGCCCAGCUCCUCACACUAUUCCUCUCACCCCACCCCCCUCUACCUCAUGCCCCGUCCUAACUCAGUGGCAGCCACCAGUUCGGCUCAUCUGGAGGACCUGGCGUAUCUGGAUGAGCAGAGACACGCCCCCCUGCGCACCUCCCUGCGGAUGUCCCGACAGAACACGGGCGUGGGCCGCUCCGGGCAGGACCUGCGAGUGCGAUUCGCUCCGUACAGACUGCAGGACAUCGCACUAAAGCCGCUGCUCUUCGAGGUGCCCAGCAUCACCAUGGACUCUGUGUUUACUGGCCGUGAUUGGCUCUUCCAGGAGAUUGACGCAUACCUACGCACGGCCCACUGUGCCACUAAUCGUGGCGUGGUUCUGGUGGGCAACAUCGGCUACGGCAAAACGGCCAUCAUCUCGCGCCUCGUGGCUCUCAGCUGCCAUGGCAACCGCAUGCGACAGAUCGCCUCCGACAGCCCACAGGCGUCACCAAAACAUGGAGAUGGCAUCCCUCUCACGCAGCCGCAGCCUUCCCAUGGUACACUGGGAGGAGGAAGUUGCCCUGGGACUCCAGAAAUGAGGAGGAGACAGGAGGAGGCCAUGAGGAGGCUCGCAUCACAGGUCGUGGCGUAUCACUACUGUCAGGCAGAUAACGCCUACACCUGCCUGGUUCCGGAGUUUGUGCACAACGUGGCGGCACUGCUGUGUCGCUCGCCACAGCUCGCCGCGUACAGAGAGCUGCUGCUGAAAGAGCCGCACAUACAGAGCAUGCUCAGUCUGCGAUCCUGCGUCCAAGAUCCGCCCACUGCCUUCAGACGAGGGGUGCUUGAACCACUGGAUGCACUUUAUAAAGAGAGGAAGAUCACUCCAGAUGAAGACCUCAUCAUUCUCAUCGAUGGUCUGAAUGAGGCUGAGUUCCACAAACCAGACUAUGGUGACACGAUUGUGUCUUUCCUCUGUAAGACCAUUAACAAGUUCCCAGCCUGGCUCAAACUGGUGGUGACUGUCAGGACCUCCCUGCAGGAAAUCACCAAACCUCUGCCCUUCCACCAAAUCUCUCUGGACGCCCUGGAGGAAAAUGAUGCCAUCGACCACGACCUCCAGGGCUACAUCCUGCACCGCAUCCACAGCAGCACUGAGAUCCAGAACAACAUCUCCCUCAAUGGCAAGAUGGACAACACCAGCUUCGGCAAGCUCAGUUCCCACCUCAAGGCCCUCAGCCAGGGCUCUUUCCUCUACCUGAAGCUCACCUUUGACCUGAUCGAACGCGGCUACCUGGUGCUCAAGAGCACCAACUACAAGGUGGUCCCGGUCAGUCUAGCUGAAGUUUACCUUCUGCAGUGUAACAUGCGCUUCCCGACACAGUCGUCCUUCGAAAGGGCCCUGCCGCUGCUCAACGUGGCCCUGGCCUCCCUGCACCCGCUCACCGAUGAGCAGAUCUACCAGGCCAUCAACAGCGCCUCGGUGAAGGGCACGCUGGAAUGGGAUGACUUCCAGCAGAGGAUGGAGAACCUGUCUGUGUUCCUGGUGAAGAGACGGGAUGGGACGCGCAUGUUUGUGCACCCUUCUUUCAGAGAGUGGCUCAUAUGGAGAGAAGAGGGAGAGAAGACCAAGUUCCUCUGCGAUCCCAGGAAUGGCCACACGCUUCUGGCUUUCUGGUUCUCCAGACAAGAAAACAAACUAAAUAGACAGCAGACAAUUGAGUUGGGUCACCAUAUACUGAAAGCACACAUAUUCAAGGGCCUGAGUAAGAAGGUCGGAGUUUCUUCAUCCAUCUUGCAAGGGCUGUGGGUGUCAUACAGUACAGAGAGUUUAUCAGCAGCUCUGUCAUCGCUCAGAAACCUUUAUACACCUAACAUAAAGGUGUCCCGGCUGCUGAUAUUGGGUGGUGCUAAUGUGAACUACCAUACAGAGGUGUUGAACAACGCUCCGGUGCUGUGUGUGCAUGCACACCUGGGCUACGUGGACAUGGUGAACCUGCUGCUGGAAUACGGUGCCAGUGUAGAUUCAACAUCUGAGAGCGGCCUCAAUCCUCUGGGCUACGCCGCCGCCGCUGGACACCUGGGCAUAGUUACCACCCUCUGCAAGAGGAAAGCAAAGCUCGACCACUUGGACAAGCAUGGUCAGUGUGCCCUGGUGCAUGCUGCUCUUAGAGGACAUCUGGAGGUGGUGAAGUUCCUCAUUCAGAGUGACUGGGCGGACACACAAACUCAGCAGCAGACAUCACCACAGCCUGUGACCUUCAACAAGAGCGUGGCAGUACAGCAGGCCCUUAUAGCAGCAGCCAGCAUGGGAUACACAGAGAUUGUGUCUUAUCUCUUGGACUUGCCUGAGAGGGAUGAAGAGGACACUCAACGUGCCCAGAUUAACAGCUAUGAUACCCUGUGGGGUGAGACAGCGCUGUCAGCAGCAGCAGGCCGGGGAAAGAUGGAGGUUUGUCGGCUGCUGUUGGAGCAGGGCUCUGCUGUGGCGCAGCCCAACCGGAGAGGAGUCGUGCCGCUCUUCAGCUCUGUGCGUCAAGGGCACUGGCAGAUUGUGGAUCUGUUAGUGUUGCAUGGAGCAGAUGUAAACCUGGCUGAUAAACAAGGCCGUACUCCACUCAUGAUGGCUGCCUCAGAAGGGCACCUGGACACGGUUGAGUUCCUAAUGGCUCAGGGUGCAUCUAUGGAUCUAAUGGAUAAGGAGGGUCUGACUGCGCUCAGCUGGGCAUGUUUGAAAGGACAUCUGCCUGUGGUUCGCUGCUUGGUGGAAAGGGGUGCAGCGACAGACCACACUGAUAAAAAUGGACGAACACCUCUUGAUCUGGCUGCCUUCUAUGGAGACUCAGAAGUGGUGCAGUUCCUGGUGGAUCAUGGGGCUUUGAUAGAGCAUGUGGACUACAGUGGGAUGCGUCCUCUGGACCGGGCAGUCGGCUGCAGAAACACAUCAGUGGUGGUGGCUCUGCUGAAGAAAGGAGCCAAAAUCGGUCCUGCUACCUGGGCAAUGGCAACAUCUAAACCUGACAUCAUGAUUAUCCUACUGAGUAAACUUUUAGAAGAAGGAGAUGGCUUCUACAAGAAGGGUAAAGUGAAGGAGGCAGCUCAGCGCUACCAGUAUGCUCUGAAGAAAUUUCCCCGAGAAGGAUUAAGUGAGGACCUGAAGACCUUUAAGGAGCUCAAAGUGUCUUUGUUCCUGAACUUGUCUCGCUGUCGGAGGAAAAUGAAUGACUUUGGUAUGGCGGAAGAGUUUGCUACCAAGGCUCUGGAACUGAAGCCUAAGUCUUAUGAGGCAUUCUAUGCUAGAGCCCGUGCCAAGCGUAGCAGCAGGCAGUUCGCUGAAGCACUAGAUGACCUGAGGGAAGCCAUAAAGCUGUGUCCCAACAAUCGUGAAAUCCAACGUCUCCUUCAGCGCGUGGAGGAGGAGUACAGGCAAGUUACCCAAUCAGAGGAGCCAGAGCUUGAGCCUCCUCCAUCCCCACCACCAUCUCCCUUACCAGUAGAGGAAGAUGAGGAGCCCCCUCGUCAUACCCCUCCCCCUGAGCCAAGACUGGAUGACAUGGAGCCUGUCCAAGACUUGUUUGAGGAUGAUGACUUCCUGGAACAAGAGCUUGAGGCUGUGUCUAUUGGUCUUGCUUCUGACAUUCGCUCGAAUGCUUCGAGCCUUGCCAUUAUACGUAGUCCACCCCUUUCUCCGGGUCAUCAUGACACUGGCUACCUAUCUGGAGGGCAGACCUUUGAGUUCCACCCAAGCUCCUCCUCUAUGUCAUCUCCUACCCAUCAUAGUUACCAGUCCACCUCCCCGUGUGUCUCUCCAACACAUCAGAACUCCCACUACCACCAGAGUCCGCCCCAUAGCUCGUCAGCCCAUCAGUCCUCCUACCGAUUCAGCCCUCCACCCAUGGGCAGUGGAGGGAACCAGGGAAUGGACUACCAGAGUCCUCCGCCAUCUCCUCUUAGGCGUGGGGCUCCAUUCAGAAGUAGCCCUCCAAUUGAGAGUGUGUGUCUAUAUCGUUCCCAGUCUGGCUCUCCAGUCCGCUACCAACAGGAUCCUUUACCUAGCCGCCCUAAAUCACCGCUGUUGAAGAUGAGCAGCCAGCGAUCCUUCCAACUCCAGUCGCAACCUUCCCAGAGCUCUCAGACCAGUCAGCACCACCAGGUUCAGGGUCUUCGCCUGCAGCCCUCUAUGGCACAGAUCGUCCGCACUAACCAGCCCAGUAACAGUUUGUACAGCCAGUUGGCACAUCCACUCAGUAGUAGGUACCAGGGCAGUUCUAUGGAUGUGGACAGGGAGAGAGAUCGAGAGCCAAGGCUGGUGUACCAGCCCUCAUUGGAUGGCCUGUCAAUGUCUCAAGUGCAAUCCAGCCUUAGUGUGGGAGCUCUGUGUCAGCAUGGGGGCCGAGGUGGGCCUGCUGGGGUUUUGGAGUCAAACUUGGGGAAAGAUGAGAUCCCUCAGCGUCCUGCUUCAGCCUACCGUUCAGCUACAGGGGGACCCGGAGGCAUGCGCUUCAGCCAAACCCCCCAGAUAAGCCGUAGUCAGUCAGCAGCAUACUAUCCUGUCUCCAAGCAUGAACUUGAGAGAGCAGUGGCAGCCUCAGCUCUGCCACCAUGCCAACUGGGCUCUCCAGAGAUCCCCCACUUAGUGCGCAGACCUAUCAGUGCCAAUACAAGUGACCUAAAACAGCACGUAUCGACCCCCAGACCACUUAUCCACUCCCAGAGUGUAAAUCUUCGCUUCUCCCCAUCUAGCAGUAAUAUCUCCUCAGGCUCCAGCUGCAAUCUAGCCCCUGGCUUCAGGCCCUCCUCCUCCAUGGCCCAAAUGGAAAUCCCGCUGCAGACUGCAUAUGAACGAAGCUUUGAUGAGCCAUCGACCCUCUCACCCUCUCAGAGUGGACUGUACUCGGGCGAACCUGCCCGAUCCCGGACCACUCCUUUCAUGGGCAUCAUUGACAAGACCGCUAGGACUCAGCAGCAGUACCUUCACCAGCCUUCCCGGGCCUGGCCUGUCUCAUCUCUGGAAUCAGUUAUCAGUAGCCCCACGUCACCUGGUAAUUUGAUCCACCAAGCCUCCACUGCUUCCUCCUACAGCCCACCUACAUCUCUAGGCAAUAUUGCCUAUUACAAUAAGACCAAUAAUGCCCAGAAUGGACACAUGCUAGAGGAAGAGUACUAUGCCCAGCCGCAGCCAUCCUCCCUGGGCAAGCUUGCCAAUGGAGGGGCCCGUGAUCGAGACCUCCUGGAGCGAGUGAGCCAAGCGCCAACGUACCAGGAUGUUAAGGUGGCUCGGACAAUGCCCGUGGCACAGGCGUACCAGGAGAACAUGUACCGCCAGCUUUCCCGUGAUGCCAGACAAGGUCCCACCUCGCCCAUCAAACCAAAGAGACCCUUUGUGGAGUCAAAUGUUUAACAGGCACCCAAAAGGGUGGGCACAAAGGUGUGAGUGACAGUGAAUGUUUGUGUCAGGUCUUGCGUAAGGGACUGUGUAGGUGCAGGUUGUUAAAGGCAGUAUUUCAAGUAGAGGAAACUGCAUAGUAGAAAUACUUUUAAUAAACUAAAAACAUUGUUACAAACACCUGUGUACAAAUACCUGUGCCUACUUUAGGUCAACUCAAUCUGUUGGUAAAAACUCGGAACCCACC